AUGUUUAAUCUACACAACGAUCCAGGCAUUUUGUCUGGAAUCCUACAGACUAUAAUGGGUGGCAAAAGAAUUCUCGAUGGCCGAGAUGAGGGGCCAAUUCUGUGGAUAAACAAACUUGGGUUUUUUCAUAAAGUCAUGCUCUCUGCUACCAUAUCGCCAGGCAGAAGUAAUCCAAGCCCUGUACCUUCAACUAGCAGUGGGACAGAAAGGGAUCAUUGCUCUGUCAUAACAGGUAGCAAGUACAAACAGUCAGAACCAUCCACCAUGUAUGGAAAGGAUAUGCCUCCGUUGCCAUCAUUGGGCAUGAGACCAUUUCAUGAUCCACGGCACGAGCAGGAAAAACAGCGACUGUUGCCAACGUUGAUGGAUGAGCAGCUGCUAAGCGGCCAAUCGCUUGGAAGCCAUGGGGAAGAUGGUUUGUCAGAUAAGAUGGUCGCUGAGAUCCAUCCAUCCAUAAAGACGGAUGAGAUGGUUGCUGGCACUCUAACCCCUGCUCUCUCCACUGUCACCACCAUCAACAUGGAGUCACCAACUCUCUCGGACAUGACUGCUGUGUCGUUAAGCAUGGGUUCUCCCGCUUCCAGUAUGGCCAACAUGAGCAGUGCAGUCAAUCACUCUUGUCCUCUGGAGCUGGCUUCUCUGGUCUGUUCUACUGCCAUGAGUUCAUCUUCAAGCACUCUCCCAAGACACGGCAUUCAUCCAACACUGGCCGUUGGCCAAAGUUCAAUUCCCGCUUCGCUGCCUCCGCUCAACCAACUUAUUCCUAUUUGCUCCGACUCUAGUGCUUCAUUCACCCCUACUACUUCUACUAUAAACAUGUCCACCCCGACUCUUGCUCAUAUCCAAUUGCACCCGCUGCCCCCUUGUGACUCUAUGGAUGUGGACACUACUGAUCCACAAUCUGAUCUUGCAAUCGAUGUAGAAACUGCUGGCAAUCUUGAUCAUGCCAGCAAUUUAAACCACAUCAAGUUGAACUUGGUCUCUUCAAUUACUAAUACUGUUACCCUUCAAUCGAAACCGCACAUCAAGUUUGCCAGCUCUGCCAGCCAUUCUUCGUUUGAUACUGGCUUUGCUUCGAUCGCUGUUGAUUCUGUUGGUGUCAUUGCUCCUAGUGCUGAGCCCACUGCUUCUGAUACUGCUUCCAAUCAUUGUGAAUCUCUUGUAUGGUCAACUGGUACCAAUCUUCCACAAUCCCAAUCAACUGUCUUGCCUGUCCACUCUUCAAGCUCACACCCAUCAGUGCUCGCGUCGUUUGAAUCACAAGUUGUCCAUCCCUCUAGCCAUCAAACAUCUGUCAAAACUGCUCCUGCUUUUGUGAAUACCAGAUCUCCACAACUUCAGCUAAAUACCAUUGUUCCUGAUAGAGAAUCGUAUUUAUCCAACAUCGAUCCAUUUUCAAAGACUGUUGCUUUGUCUCGUAAGCGCAAAUCCUGUCCUACUCGAGCUGUCAACAAAGACACUCUUACCCCUAACGAUCGUUUACAGCAGGGUAUAGUCAAGCUAGAUGUAUAUAGUAUGUAUCUCAACAACCCACGCACCUUGCUAUCCAUAUCUAUUCCUCCCGACUACACUCCUCGCCUGGCAGUAUCUCUCCCUUCGUCCCGGUUAGCUUCGGCCGCUACUACCUCCAACUAUUCCCGCUCAUCUACACAGGGAUCAUCUAAACGAAGCAAACCAUCACAGGAGCGUGUUCCUGGUGCUCCACGUACUUGUCAUGGCGGCUUGGGAAGCUCUACCUCUCCACUCACUAUUCUCCCAACUGGUGCAAUGGGCACUUUUCCUAUUGCUCGCCGCGCUUCAACUGGCGGUCCUUCCUCUGGUGCAAAGAAAUCACAUGCUAGCAAUGGCAAACACUCUUCAAAAGAAAAUGGCUCAUCAAAAUCUAAAAGUUCUGGUCCUAGAGGAUCAUUUGGUGGAAUCAUUCGCUCAGAGUCUAUGGGUGCCAUCCCCUCUGGUAGCACUUUUGUUUUCCCCAGAUCAUCUAGUUUUACCAUUCCUCAAGCUAUCACACAAAGCGGAAUGCCUACUUCUCAAGGCGCUGGUGCAUCAAAGAAACCCCGCCAGAACCGUGCUGGUGCUUUAGGCAGUGGUGGUGGCGGUGAUCCAUCUGGUAUUGUUGUGGACGAAACAGUCUUGUUGAAAAAGAAUGGAAGACGCAUCGACAUGUCCAUUUUUAACGAUACAUCCAAAGCUCCGCCUGUAUUUUGGAAAAAAGGUGGCAUGUUGUAUAUUCCAGAUACCACUCCUGGGUUCUCCCUUCUCACACCCGAAGAAGUUGCUAUUUGCUCUACACUCCGUAUUCUUCCCGAUCAAUACAUGCAUAUCAAAGAAGUUAUUCUUACUCAGGUUGAACGUCGAGGACCAUUCAAGAAACGCGAUGCCAAAAGCUGGUUCAGAAUCGAUGUUAACAAGACAGCUAUUAUCUAUGACUGGUUUAGAGCACUUGGAUGGAUUCCAUCUGACGAGGUGUGGGAGAGACAGUUUGCAGUAGUCAAAUCUAGAGGAGAUGCGAUUGUUGUGACUUCGGUACCAAAAACAAACCAUACUUCUAGUAGUAACUACGCUGCAUCAUCAGGCACAAUCAAGUAUCCUGGUGCAUACCGUCCUGGUGGUAUGGUUGGUGCGCCUAGCACAUCUUUGUCAGCAAUUAGACAAUCACAAGACUCUACACUCCCAUUCGCCAUGCGCAAUGUUUAGGAUCUAAACCACAUAUCUGAAGAAACACGUGCAGACUUUAUACUACACAAAGUCAUUCACUAAUAUUUUAACUUUGUAUUAUUCCACCUAUUGCUUUCCUUGCCAUUUGAAUCUUUUUGCUACAAGUAACUGUUUCUUUUAUUGCUACUUCAAGGUUUUGGCGUUCCAUACUCCUCCUUUGGUGAUGUCCUUGCAGUUCUACAUCUACUUUAUCUUUCCUUUAUGAUGUGCGUGGUAGACUUGUCACUCUUUUUGUUUAUACUUGUUUCGUUUGUUAAUAUCUGCCAUUCUAUUCUUUACACCUUUUGACUAUUUGCCUAUAGCAUCCUUAUCUUUACUGAUAGGAUGGGCAAAUGCCACUUUGAUUUUUGGUUAAAGGUUUUCUAGACGUUUUUUGGGUUUUGCAGUGUAUUGGGAAGCUAGUGAUAUGGUGCUGUAUGGGGAUAUCAAAUCUGCUUACUUUUUACUACAUUUUCUAUUAUUAUUUUGGAGUGGGUUUGACUGAGAGCAACUGGUUUAAUCGGGCUUGUUUUUUCUAAUUCACUCCUUUGUCGACUUUUUUCAAAUAAAAAAGUAUACUUUUU